GCUGCUCUUCCGCCGCUGAUAGAUUUAUGCGUCUCCCGACGGACGCACGGCGCGGCGGACAGAGGAGGACGCGCCUUGGAUCCACGUGUGGAACCCCGGCCCGCACCCCUAGCUUCACGCACCCUUAGGUCCACGCGCCUCUUGCCGCGGGCCUUGGCGUGACGCUCCGCGCACCGCGUCCUCCCGCCUCCAUCAGCGUCCCGUGGCCGCUUCUCCGCGGGCCACAUCGCUUCCGGUACUUACCGGUUAUGGCCGCCACCGGUGGCGCCCGCCUCCUGCGCGUCGCCACCGCUGCUCUCGGCGGCGCCUCCCGCCGGUGGCUGCUCCUCACCGGACCUCGCGUGGGAGCCUGCGGGCUCCUGGGAACCCAGAGGCCCGGCGGGAGCGCGGGGGCGAGGCGGCCGCUGAGCGUGUCGGCGCCGACGCGGAGCAGCUCAGAAGAUAAAAUAACAAUCCACUUUAUAAACCGUGAUGGUGAAACAUUAACAACCAAAGGAAAAAUUGGUGACUCUCUCCUAGAUGUUGUGGUUGAAAAUAAUCUAGAUAUUGAUGGUUAUGGUGCAUGUGAGGGAACUUUAGCCUGCUCUACCUGUCACCUUGUCUUUGAAGAGCGCAUAUUUGAAAAUUUACCAGCAAUCACUGAUGAGGAGAAUGACAUGCUUGAUCUGGCCUAUGGACUAACAGACACAUCACGGUUGGGCUGCCAAAUCUGUUUGACCAAGUCUAUGGACAAUAUGACUGUUCGAGUACCUGAUGCAGUGGCUGAUGCCAGACAAUCCAUUGAUAUGGGCAAGAACUCCUAAGCUAGAAUAAAUAGGAAUAUUUUCAUGAAAUUUUACCUAUUUUUAUAAUUAUUUCUUAAUGUAAUUAAAUGAGACAUGGACUUAUAAGUAGCUUUACUAUUUUAAUUCACCUCGUGUAACUACUGAAUUUUGUAGUUCUGAAAGUGUACAAUCCUUAUUUUGGUUCAGUUAUAAAAAUGUCAAGCAAGUAUUAGAAAAUAGUUAAUAUGAUAAAACCCAACAUAUUUUACCUUACAUUUGUUUAGUUAAUCUUAUGCCUGCUUACCUAUAAGAUAAAUUAAAAAGCUGUUUUUAUCUCUGUUUGAUCUGGAUGAAGGUGGGGAUCUAAAAUGGCUUGUCUAGGGCCAUACAACUAAUUAGAAAAUCUGGUACUAGAACCCACAUCCUGUCACUACAAGUUAAAUGUUCAGACUGAAACUGGAAAGAUUUAUGUAUAUCUUAGAGCAGUGGUUAUAUAUGAAUGUGUAUGGACAAAAAUAUUUAAUUGCUCAGUGAAAAAUUUCAAAGACAGUUAUUAACCUAUUUUCAAAGAUAAUUAUUAAUAUUAUAGAGAAAUAUUUCAAAAUUUGAUGCAUUGAGAAAGUCUGAACAUAGGCAUUAUAACACUGUGAAAGAAGUUUGACCUCUGUUCUGACAGUAAUGGAGGAAUAAACUAAAUAUUAGAUGUCGUUAUUCUUUCCUGUUCUAAGCAGAAUGGUCUGUUGUUGUAAUCCUUUGAAUAAUUGUGCUGAAUUGUAAAUCUCUGUCUGCAGCAGAAUGGGAAUCUUAUGAGUUAGGUUUUCUCUGUCUUGAGCCGGAAAAGGAAAUGAACAGGCUGCCUCAUUGCACAGCUCUGGGGGAACCAUUUUCUUAAACAAGGCUGAAAUUGCAGAGUCCCAGGAGAACCACAGGUUACCAAUUAUCAGUGGAAUAUUUGUAUCCUUAUUUUUACUAAAAAUAAAUUUGUACAAGUUAAUAAAAGGGUAAACAGUUUACUCUUUGGAAGUAUAGUAAAACUAGGACUAAUUGUAAGAAAGAUCAAAAGAAAUUAGAGAAAAAAAAUGUGAACCAUAAGACAACUGAAUUAGCUUCAAGUACUUUGUGGUCAUUUUCACAAAUAUUUGUUAAGUACUGUAUUUGGCAUAAGAUACUGUAUUAUGUCUAUUGGGGAAUACCUUCAGGCAGCUCACCUUUUAUCAGCAAUAGAUAGAUCAUGUGCACAAAUAAUUUGCUUGAACUAAAAUGACCAAUUUGCCAAAUAAGGAUUCUUUUAAAGUAAUUAAUAUGUAAAUCAUGAUUAGGAAGAACUUGAGGUUUCUAAUGUUCAUUAGGUGUUUAAUAACUAUUAUGUGCCUUCAGUGUGUGGAGAGCUUCAAAAUAAUAUGUUCUCUUAAGUAGCUUCAAUAUUCUUAUAUUCUUGCAUGGGUUACCUGAACUUUCUGUUCCAGAGCUACAUGGCUUUAGAUCAAAUUAGAAAAGUUCAAAUUAAUGAAGUUGAAUUGUAUUACUUAAAUAAAAUUUACUAAUCUUAUUAAACA